AUGGGUUAGACAGAUAGUAAAUAAGAGUAGGAUUUUAUAAGAAAAAUAGAUUCUUAAUAUGAAUUCAUAAAACAUUUGAAUGAUGCAAGUGAAUGAUAAUAAUUAUAAAAUUAGGAUAUGGUGAUGGUAAAUUGUUUGGUAAGAAAAACGAGAAAUCAUAGAUGAUUGUAUUAAAGAAUAUAAGUGUUCCAGAUGAAGCUAGUUAUUAAGCAUGGAAGAAUAAAUUAUAGAUUAGAUAAUAGUUAAAACAUCCUAACAUUAUAGAAUUAAGAGGUACAAGAUAAUAAAUAAUAUGAUUAGAAUCAAUAUAAGCAGAAGAAGAGUAAGUGUGUAGUACUUUUUAUAAAGUUAACUUAGUAUUCGAAUACAUACCUUAAACAUUAAAGGAUGCAAUUGAAUAAAGAAAGUAAGCUGAUGCAUAUUUUGGAGAGUAAGAAAUUUUGAAAAUGUUAAAUGGAGCAAUUGAGGGAUUAGCUAAAUUUUAAGAGUUAAAGAUUGCCCAUCAAAAUUUGAGAGUAUAAACACUCUCUUAUUAAAAUGGAAAUAUUAAAGUUAGUGAUAUUCCAUUAUUAGCUAAUAUAACAUCAUUUGCUGCUGUCCUAUAAGAUUAUGGCGAUGCUUCUCAAGGCAAUUAUCUUUCUCCUUUAUUAACUAAAGCAGUUUAUGAAAAUAAUUAUAUGCCUUCACAUAAUUUAUUUAAGUCUGAUGUGUAUACACUUGGAAUGAUAUUUCUUUAAGUUUGUUUACUAUAACCUUAAGAUAAUUGUUAUGAUUACUUUGAAGGAAAAAUUAAUAUGUAAUAAUUGGUCACAAAUAUUGAUUAAGCAAGAACUAUUUAUACAUCGUCUGAACUUGUUGAAAUUAUUGAAGAAAUGCUUGAAUAAAUAGAAAAAGAUAGACCUGAUUUUAUUUAGUUAAGAAACAAAAGAAAAUAAAUUAAUCCUAAAUAAUAAACUCAAUUUGAUGAGUAGAAUUCUCGUCAUUAAGAAAAUGAUUAUUAAAUGAUGUCCUAUCAAAAAAUGAAUAAUUAAUUAGAAGUCAAUCAAUCUAUAUAACCAUCAUAUUAGGAUGAAGGACCAAAUCAAUUACCUGAAGAUAAUUUUGAUGAAUUACAUUAACCCUUAAAAGAACCUCAUCCUGCUAGUUAAAAUGAUCAUGAUAUAUUAAUACAUAAUGCAGAUAUUACUAGGAAUUCUAUCUGUAAUAUUUAUUCUUAUAUUAUUAGCUCCUAUGAAAUAGAACAAUUCAAUUGGAUAAGUCCCUAAAGCAGAUUUACUAGUUUAACCAAUCUCUUUUGCUUAAAAUAAUCAUAUUUUGAAUCAGGACAUUUACAAAGUCCCUGAUCCACCAAAAUAUAAUAUUAAAUAUGACUCUUAUACUAAUACACAUAAAGAUUAAGCUAAUUUAAAAAAAUAAGAUGCCUAUACAUAAUCAAGUCAAAUUUUUAACUAUACCAAUUAAAAAUAAAAUAUUCCAUUACAAUAAUAUGUAACAGCAUAUUAACCACAAAGAGAAUCUGUAUAGGUCAACGAUUAUAUGGAUAAAUUCCAUUUUUCAUCACCUAAUGAUAUCAAACUAUUUGAAUAACAUAAUUAAAUUGAUUAUAAUUAACCAAAUAGAGAGUCUUAUCAAUAUUAUUCUGCAUAACCUUAAAGUAGAUUUUUAUAAAAUGAAUAAUAACCAUAAUAAUAAACAAAUUAUGCACCAAUUUAAGCAUAUCUUCCUCGAUAGAAUACUUCUACAUAUGUUAAUGAAACUUAUCCUAAUGGAUAAAGAUAUGUUGGUGAAAAAAUGAAUGGUCUAAAGGAAGGAAGAGGAAGAUUAUAUUAUAAAGAGGGAGGUUAUUAUGAUGGACACUGGAAAAAUGAUAGAAUUAAUGGAUAAGGUAUUUUAAUUAAUAAUUAUAUUUUAAGGAGUCCUUUAUUAUGCAAGUGGAAGACCUGCUUAUGAUGGAGAAUGGGUUGAUGAUAAGUUCUAAGGUUAAGGUAUUUUAUAUAAUGAUACUCCUAAAAUAGAAGAUAUAAAUUAUAGAAAUCUAGAAGAUAUUGGAUAGUAAUAUAUUAAUUAAUAUUUAAGUGCUUGGACUAAAUAUGUUGGACAAUUUUAUGAUGAUAAUAAAAAUGGAUCAGGUACACUCUAUUUUUUUAAUGGAGAUCGCUUUGAAGGACAUUUUUAAGAUGAUUAAAUUUAAGGAUAAGGUAGAUUUAUUUCAAUUGGAGGAUAAGUUAUAUAAGGAAUUUGGAACUUUAAUCAUUUUGUUUAAUGA